CCCCCCCCGCCCCCACCCACCCACCGUGUAUAAGGAGGAGCCCUACCCCCUCGCUUCCUCAUCCAAUCCAAUCCCCAAUCACCUCGGCGAAUUUCUCCGAGCGAUCGAAGAGAAGCCAAGGAGCCCUCUCCCCGUCCUCUCAAGAUGCAGAUCUUUGUUAAGACCCUCACCGGCAAGACCAUCACCCUCGAGGUUGAGUCCUCGGACACCAUUGACAACGUCAAGGCUAAGAUCCAGGACAAGGAAGGCAUUCCCCCGGACCAGCAGAGGCUCAUCUUUGCUGGAAAGCAGCUCGAGGAUGGCCGCACUCUCGCGGACUACAACAUCCAGAAGGAGUCCACCCUCCACCUGGUGCUCAGGCUCAGGGGAGGCAUGCAGAUCUUCGUCAAGACCCUUACUGGCAAGACCAUCACGCUUGAGGUCGAGUCUUCUGAUACCAUCGACAACGUGAAGGCUAAGAUCCAGGACAAGGAGGGCAUCCCCCCGGACCAGCAGCGCCUGAUCUUCGCUGGCAAGCAGCUGGAGGAUGGCCGCACCCUUGCUGACUACAACAUCCAGAAGGAGUCGACCCUCCACCUUGUGCUCAGGCUCAGGGGUGGAAUGCAGAUCUUCGUCAAGACCCUCACCGGCAAGACCAUCACUCUUGAGGUCGAGUCCUCGGACACGAUCGACCACGUGAAGGCCAAGAUCCAGGACAAGGAGGGCAUUCCCCCGGACCAGCAGCGCCUGAUCUUCGCUGGCAAGCAGCUGGAGGAUGGCCGCACCCUUGCUGACUACAACAUCCAGAAGGAGUCGACCCUCCACCUUGUGCUCAGGCUCAGGGGUGGAAUGCAGAUCUUUGUCAAGACCCUCACCGGCAAGACCAUCACUCUUGAGGUCGAGUCCUCAGACACGAUCGACAACGUGAAGGCCAAGAUCCAGGACAAGGAGGGCAUUCCCCCGGACCAGCAGCGCCUGAUCUUCGCUGGCAAGCAGCUCGAGGAUGGCCGCACCCUUGCUGAUUACAACAUCCAAAAGGAGUCCACUCUUCACCUGGUGCUCCGUCUGCGGGGUGGCAUGCAGAUUUUUGUGAAGACUCUCACUGGCAAGACUAUCACCCUUGAGGUAGAGUCCUCAGACACAAUCGACAAUGUGAAGGCGAAGAUCCAGGACAAGGAGGGCAUCCCCCCAGACCAGCAGCGUCUCAUCUUUGCUGGCAAGCAGCUGGAGGAUGGCCGCACCCUGGCGGACUACAACAUCCAGAAGGAGUCCACCCUCCACCUGGUGCUCCGCCUCCGGGGUGGCCAGUAAGUUCUGAGGGCCAUGGAGCUGCUGUCGUCCCUGGGUUCACAAGUCUGGCUUUUUCUCUGAUGGAGAUUGUCUGCGUGUCCUGUGGUCUGUGUCCUGUUCGAGUCACGGGUGUCUUUUGCCUGUCCGAGUCGUAUGUCGUCUGGCGGUGUUUCUGAACGUUUGCUGCUGUGCAGCAGCUUGGUUGAACCGUGAUGAAUAAAUAAGUGAACCCUGAACCUUGUGGCAAUCUGGUUGUUCAUGUUCUGGAUAUAUCUUUAUGUGAAUGUUUGUGUAGUGGAAA